AUGGUGUUGCCUAAAGGCCAGGAUGACAGGUCCAAAGAAGAUAUUGUGAAGUUAUUGGAAUAUAUGGUGAAUAACAUUCCAUCCAAUGACAGGCACAUGUUCAAAACAACCCAGUCACUGAUGGACUGGGAAAAAGUAGCUUUUAAAGAUUUUCCUGGGGAAAUGUGCAAACUCAAAUGGUUAGAAAUUUCUUAUAACUUGAGAAAGUUUUGCACUUUGAAAGAAUUAGUCCUGGAAGCAAAGGAAAAUGUUGACAAUCCUUACAAAUGCAGAAAACACAAGAAGCGUCCUGAUUUACCCAAGAAGCCCUUGACAGCUUACCUCUGCUUUUUCAAAAAGAUGCAACUCCAGUACCAAAAACACCCUAAGCUGAGCAACCAGGAGCUGACCAAGGUUCUGUCUGAGGAAUACAAGAAGCUUCCAGAGCAGCUGAAGCUGAAAUAUAGUCAAGAUUUCUAGAAGGAGAAACAGAAGUUUAAGGAGAAAAUGACUGUCAGAGAACAGCACCCUGAUCUGGUCCAGAGCUCCACGAAAUCUGAUGUCCCCAAAGGAAGCCAAAUCAAAGUGCCAAAGAAGUUUCAGGGAAAUGUGCAAAAAGUGGUCUCCCCCCCAAAACAGUUUAUUCAUGAAGAGCCCAAGAAGCCACCUACGAAUGGCUAUCACAAGUUCCACCAGGAUUUGUGGUUGAGUAGGGAGCUGAGGGUUGCCCUGAGGGAGCACGUGGUAGAGAUUAGUAGAUGCUGGCAGUGUGUCCCACAGAACCAGAAGGAGCAUUAUAAGAAGGAGGCUGAGGAACUGCAGAAACAGUACAAGGUGGACCUUGAUCUCUGACUCAAGAGUCUGUCUCCUGAAGAACAUGCUUAUUACAGAGAGACAACCUAUUUGAAGCGUAAGAACAUGAACAUGAUGGGAGACCCUAAUCCCAAGAUUAGGAGGAUGGAUCUGCAGUCCCCAUCAUCAGGGAAUCUGCAGGGAGGGCUUAGACUGGGCCAGGGGCUUCAGGCUCCAGAGACAGAAUUAUCAGAUAUGAUUGGAGAAUAUUUUCCUGCCUCAGGGAGAUCAGAGGAAAAUAAGGAAGAUGAACAAGAGGAGAAAGGCAGCAACUCCUCAGACCACAGCAGUAGGUGA